GUUAAGUUAACUCUUGUGAAUGUGAUUGUGAAGGUGGAUUAAUUACAAGAAGCAUAAUAUUUUCGCAUAAAUUAAAUUGCUUUUAACAUUGUUUUCAUUAAUAAAGUGAAAUAUAAAAAGUUACUUUUAAAGAAGUUAUUUCUUGAAGUGUUUAACUCAUAUUUUUAUUAACAGCGGUGACUUUUAAUACAAAUGCUAUAUUUGUAGGUUAGGUUUUGAAAUCACUAUGGCGGAUAAGGCCAUUAUGAAGCAAAUUACUGAGCAAAAGCUCAAGGCGUUUUCUAUCGGCACUAUGGGAAAACGACCUCUCAGUAAAAAGGAAUUAGAAGAACAACGAAAAAAAGAACAAGAACAAGCUGCUGCGCAGGCUUUUGAAGAAUUUGUUGCCACAUUUCAAGACACUCCAAACAAGCCAACUAAUAAAGUUUGGGUAAAAGCCGGUACUUACGAUGCUGGAAAAAGACAGGAAGAUACGAGGGAAAAGGGCAAACUUUACAAACCUCAAUCAAAAAUAUCAGAAAUGGUCGACAAUAGAUCAUCUGCUGAACAAGCGCAAGAAUAUGCGAGGCUUCUUGGUUCAAAUGAACGAAAAGUUGAUAGACUUGGCAAAAAAAAGAAAGAAGGCGAAAAGAAAAAGAGUAAUUUAGAAUUAUUUAAAGAGGAACUUAAAAUGAUACAAGAGGAAAGAGAAGAAAGACACAAAUACAAAGGAGUUGUUAAAACAGUAUUAACAACUGCUUGCGAAGAUCCAAUGAUGGCUGCUUUAAAAUGCGUUGAAGAUGGUUCUUUUGAUAAUGGAGAUCCCAAUACGACAAAUUUGUACUUGGGCAAUUUGAAUCCUAAGAUCACAGAACAGCAACUGAUGGAGAUUUUUGGAAAGUUUGGCCCACUGGCUAGUAUAAAAAUAAUGUGGCCUCGUAGUGAUGAAGAAAAAGCUAGACAAAGAAAUUGUGGUUUCGUUGCAUUCAUGAGUCGUAAAGAUGGCGAGCGAGCGUUAAAGAAUUUAAACGGUCGAGAUAUAAUGCAAUAUGAAAUGAAGUUGGGCUGGGGUAAAAGUGUGCCGAUACCACCGUAUCCCAUUUACAUUCCGCCUGCUUUAAUGGAAAUUACUCAGCCACCACCACCAUCUGGACUUCCAUUUAAUGCUCAACCUCAUCGUCGCGACAAACACAAGAUACCACGUAUUCGCAACCACCAGACCUUGGAGCCGCAGGAGAAGGAAAACUUUGAAAAGAUUUUGCAGAAUGCAGUUGUCAAAGUGGUUAUUCCGACGGAAAGGAACUUAGUCAUGUUGAUACAUAGAAUGGUGGAAUUUGUCAUUCGUGAAGGACCCAUGUUUGAAGCAAUGAUCAUGAAUCGAGAAAUUUCUAAUCCCAUGUUUCGAUUUUUAUUUGAAAACUAUUCACCGGCACAUACUUAUUAUCGUUGGAAAUUAUAUUCCAUACUUCAAGGAGAUUGCCAAAAAGAAUGGCGAACUGAAGAUUUUAGAAUGUUCAAAGGAGGAAGCGUUUGGAGACCUCCUCCAAUCAAUCCAUGGACUCAGGGAAUGCCAGAGGAAUUAAUUGAAAUAGAAGAAAGACAAGAGCCUCGAAGGGGUAGUUUAUCAAACAGUCAAAGAGAUCGUUUGGAAGAUUUGUUGCGUAAUAUUUCUCCUGAACGAAUAAGAGUUGCAGAGGCAAUGGUAUUUUGUAUAGAACAUGCAGAAGCAGCUGAAGAAAUUUGCGAUUGUAUCACAGAAUCACUUUCAAUUUUACAAACACCUGUGAACAAAAAGAUAGCGAGACUCUAUCUUAUUUCCGAUAUUUUACAUAAUUGUGGUGUUAAAAUUACGAAUGCUACUAUUUAUAGAAAAGCGUUUGAGUCACGCUUGCAAGAAAUAUUUAAUGAAGUUCAUCAGGCUUAUAAACAAUUUGACAGUAGACUAAAAGCUGAAGGAUUUAAAGUUCGUGUAAUGCGAAUGUUUAGAGCGUGGGAAGAUUGGGCAGUUUAUCCUAGAGACUUUCUGGUCAAACUGCAAAAUUCGUUUCUUGGUCUUGUUAUGCCAGAAGAACCUGAAAAAGAACACGAUGAAGACAUAGAUGGGGCUCCUCUUUCGGAUACAGAUGCAGAAGCAACAGAAGAUUUAGACGGUGUUCCACUUGAUGGUGCAGCUCUUUUAAAAGGUGCCAUAAAACUUGGCCUCACGCCCCAACCAGGUUCUCAUUAUGAUGACAUAGACGGAGUACCGAUGGAUGAAGACAUUGACGGUAUCCCGAUGGAAGACGAAGAUAAUGAAAAUGCAAAAUCUAAAGAUGAUGAUAAAAAAUCUGCGAUGCCCGCAGGAUUUGUUCCUUCAAGGUGGGAAACUGUGGAUCCAGAUCAGAUCGAGGCGCAAGCAAUGACGACAAGUAAAUGGGAGGAAUUGGGACAAAAUGAUGAUUCAAAUUCACAAGAUGCGAGUAUGGAUUCAAGUAGCAGAGAUAACAACGAUAUUUCUGUUCAAUUAAAUUCUAGUAGCCGAGAUUUUAAUGAAGAAAGAAGAAACAGACUCCGAGAAAUUGAAGUCAAAGCCAUGCAGUACCAAGAUGAACUAGAGAGCGGAAGAAGAUCCAUUAAAGGUGGCAUGAGCAUUCAAGCUCAGGUUGAACAUUACCGAAAGAAGUUAAUUAGGAAGAGUGAAAGAGAAAUGAAAGAUAGAAAAAGCGAAGAUCGCGAAGAUGAGAGACGAAGGGAGAAGAAACGAAGCGUUACUCCGGACUCGCCAGUACAUUAUAGAGAUAGAAGAAGAAAUUCACCAAGUCCUCCUCCUAAAUCGAGUAGUCGAUACAGGUCACGCAGUCGAUCACCGCGCAGCAAACGUAGAUCACGAUCACCACAUAAAAAGCGAAAUCCAAUUACACCUUCACCUCCUAGAAUUCGAAGAACACCUUCUCCUUCAUUUUCGUCGCGGUCGUCACGCAGAUCGCCGGUCAGUGAACGAAGUGAUAGAAAAAGACGGGCACGGUCGCCGUCUCUGUCACCUCCUCCACCUCCAAGAACUUCGUCAAAACACAGAAUGAGUAGUCCACCGUCACCGUCGCCAAGGAAACACAGACAUAAGCACAAAUAUUAAACUUUUUUACUUUCUUUACUUCAAUCAACGGAGCAAGAUUGAAUUGUGAAUCAAGGUAAAGUAAAGUGUCUUUUUUACAAUCUUCUUAUAGAAGAUUAUCCACUUUUUAAGACUUAUACUCAUCAAGUGAAACUCAAGCAUAAUUCUGCAUUAAUUUAUACUGUCUCUAGUUGUAUAUUACAGUCAUUGUAUAAACUUUCAGGAUUUUCUUCAGACUUUCCAUUUCGAGAGGAAUAAGAUAAUAUUGUACAUUGUUAAUUUUUAUUUAACUACAUCAUGUUUGGUGUAUACUGUAUUGCAAAUUUUAGAGUUGCAGUCAGACACUAAAAAUUUGUAUUAUAUUUGUAAAAUUGCUUCGAUGAGAAACUUUUUACCAAUUGGUAUAAUAAUUAUCAACCGAAUAUUUACAUUUUUAUUUUAUCGUCGCAAACUCAAAAAAAAAAAAAAAAAAAAAAAAACAUUUGUUAAUAUAAUGCUAAGUAAUAAAACAGUUUAGGAUAUAAUA